CGCUUAAAUAAAGCACGCCAUCGCGAUUGCAUCUAGGUUUCUUCCUGUUGUUUCGCUGCAAUAUCGCUGCAAAAUGGCCAGUAAGAACCCUCUUCUGCGGACGGUGUCGCCGGCUAAAUCACCGAUAAAGUUCUUCUCGUUUCAGAAGGGUGGUGGUGGUCCCUUGUAUAAGUAGCUGCUUGCGAGUCAGGAACCUGCGAGGGCGCCCAAGAAAGCGCAACCACAGUCAAGCGGGAAAGAAAGCACCAUGGCCCGCCUGACCUUUUUCCGCUCCGUUGCGCUGCAGAUCGUCCUUGUCGGCCUCGUCUCUUUCACUCAGCCGGGGAUCUGGAAUGCGCUGCAGAACCUCGGCGCCGGCGGUGAAGAGAAGCCGUAUCUCGUCAAUGCUGCAAAUGCACUCACAUACGGCAUCAUGGUCUUUGGCUGCACCUUGGCCGGUGGUCUCUGCAACUGGAUCGGCGCUAAAUGGACCCUGGUGCUGGGCGUUAUCUUCUAUACGCCGUAUGCCUCGUCGCUCUACGUCAACAACCGCUACGGCACGGAGUGGUAUGUGAUGUUGGGAGCGGCCCUCUGCGGCAUUGGCGCCUCGAUGUUCUGGUCUUCAGAGGCCACCAUCGCUGUGGGUUACCCCAGCGAGUCGCAGCGAGGCAGAAUGGUAGCCAUCUGGAUGGGCCUGCGCAACCUCGGUCCACUCAUCGGCGGCUCCAUCUCCCUCUCGCUCAAUGUUGGCGGCAGCAAGGCAGGCAAGGUGUCCUACGAGACCUAUCUCGUCCUCAUUGGCAUACAGUGUGCUGGUCUGCCUCUGGCUCUCCUUCUGAGCCCGCCGGACAAGGUCAAGCGCCCGGACGGCACGAAGAUUCCGCAUCUUAAGAAGAGGACGACGAUCAAGACGGAGGCUGCGCAAAUCUGGUCAAUCAUCAGGUCAAAGCAGGUGGCACUGCUGGUGCCUAUUUUCAUCACCGGAAUCUGGGGUACAACAUACCAGUCAAACUACCUCACGACCUAUUUCUCCGUCCGCUCAAGAGCCCUUGUAUCCUUUUUGACGGCCAUCAUGAACAUCAUUGCCGACCUCAUCGUCGGCACCGUCACAGACUCCAAGAUCCUGGGCAGCCAAGCGAAGCGGGCCAAGAUUCUCUGGUUCGCCUUUGCAUCGUUGACGACGGCACUCUGGAUCUGGCAGACGAUCACUCAGGUACACUUUACGAGAAAUAGCCACGCUGUCGAUUGGGUCGACGGGUCACGCUUUGGCAACGCCAUUGCCGUCUUUCUCCUCGCCAAACUGCUGUACGAGGCCCAGAUUGUGUUCCUGUACUGGCUCAUCGGCACCUACCCUCGCUCCGACGGGACCCUCGAACGGUCGGUCGGCGUGCUGAGGUCAUUUGAGAGCCUGGGCAGCUGCCUUUCGUACGGUGUGGGCGCCUCGCACUGGUCCAAUCUCAACCAGUGCAUCCUGGCCUUUGCGCUCUGGGUUGCGUGUGUUGUGCCCACAACGCGUGGCGUAUGGCUCGUGCCCGCUCAUCAGAUUGAGCACACAAACGCGCCCGCCUCAGUCAAUGAGGACGAGGACAAGACCAGGUCAGCAUCAACUAUCGACGAGGAGGAGAAGGCCGCUUCUGAGGACGAAGAUGUCCCACACGUGGACUCAAGCCCCGAGCUGACGAGGGCAUAGAAGAUGAGAAUAGACAUCGUUAGAUUGCCACGCCCUGAUCUGGUGUUGACCACCAGACAGGGCUCACAUGUAGCUGCUGGCUCACGGGCCGUAAAAUAAAU